ACAAAAAGUCCAGAAAUAUAUUUUGUUUUAAAUAACGACAAUAAGCUGUCUGUGAAGUAAGUUCUUUCUCUGCAUCAAAAAUCUCUGAUUAAUAAGCUCUCCUCCACAAUCCUCUCUCUAUAUCUCUCUCCGCGGAGUCUCCGAAGCUUAACUGAAGGAACCAAAAAAAAAAUGCAGUCGUCAACGUUUACGGUUAAAGGAAACGCCGCGUUUGCGUUUCAGCGACGGACCUUCUCUAACCUCCUCAACAGAUCCGCCACUACCACUACCACUACCGUAUCUUCCUCCUUCGCACCACUCCACCUCCACUGCUGUGCUUCGAAAGCGAUGGGAGCGAAGCUCGCUCGCGGCGAGAACGGGAUCCAAACCGUUAUGAAUCUCUCUUCCGUCAAGGCUCGAUCCAUCAGAGCCCAAGCCUCCUCUGGUGGUGUUGGUGAUGAAGAAGAAGCUGUACCUCUGAGAUCCGAAGGGAACAGCUCCGGCACCGUUUUGCCGUUCGUUGCCGUUGCUUGCCUCGGUGCUAUAUUGUUUGGUUAUCAUCUCGGGGUUGUUAAUGGUGCUCUUGAGUAUCUUGCUAAGGAUCUUGGUAUCGCUGAUAACACUGUUCUGCAAGGAUGGAUCGUUAGCGCGCUGCUUGCUGGUGCAACGGUUGGUUCAUUCACCGGAGGUGCAUUAGCUGACAAGUUUGGACGAACUAGAACGUUUCAGUUGGAUGCUAUCCCGCUUGCCAUUGGAGCUUUCUUAUGUGCAACGGCUCAGAGUGUGCAGACUAUGAUUGUGGGACGUCUGCUCGCAGGAAUUGGAAUCGGGAUCUCGUCAGCUAUUGUACCACUUUACAUAUCCGAGAUAUCCCCAACUGAAAUCCGUGGAGCACUCGGAUCUGUGAAUCAGUUGUUCAUAUGUAUAGGAAUACUUGCAGCCUUGAUAGCUGGAUUACCUCUUGCAGCAAACCCUCUAUGGUGGAGGACGAUGUUUGGUGUUGCUGUCAUCCCUUCCGUUCUGUUAGCCAUAGGAAUGGGUUUUUCUCCAGAGAGUCCAAGGUGGCUUGUUCAGCAAGGAAAAGUUUCUGAAGCUGAAAAGGCGAUCAAAACUCUGUAUGGUAAAGAAAAAGUGGUUGAACUAGUGCGUGACUUAUCAACCUCUGGCAAAGGUUCUUCUGAGCCAGAGGCAGGAUGGUUUGAUCUAUUCAGCAGCCGCUACUGGAAAGUUGUAAGUGUGGGUGCAGCUCUCUUCUUGUUUCAACAGUUAGCUGGGAUAAACGCAGUGGUGUACUACUCUACAUCAGUGUUCCGUAGCGCUGGAAUCCAAUCUGAUGUUGCAGCUAGUGCUCUCGUUGGAGCAUCAAACGUCUUUGGUACUGCUGUUGCUUCGUCCUUGAUGGACAAAAUGGGAAGGAAAAGUCUUCUGCUCACAAGCUUCGGUGGAAUGGCUUUGUCGAUGCUUUUGCUCUCUUUAUCCUUCACAUGGAAGGCUCUUGCUGCAUAUUCUGGAACCCUUGCCGUUGUUGGAACUGUUUUGUAUGUCCUGUCAUUCUCACUUGGUGCUGGCCCUGUUCCGGCUCUUCUCCUUCCAGAGAUAUUCGCAUCCCGGAUCAGAGCAAAAGCUGUUGCUCUUUCUCUCGGCAUGCACUGGAUAUCAAACUUUGUGAUUGGACUCUACUUCCUAAGCGUUGUGACUAAAUUCGGAAUCAGCAGUGUCUACUUGGGUUUCGCAGGAGUAUGUGUCCUUGCCGUCAUCUACAUUGCAGGAAACGUGGUGGAGACUAAAGGACGGUCACUUGAGGAAAUAGAGCUUGCUCUUAACUCCGGAGCUUGAAAUUCAGAAAAAAAAACAAAAACCCACUCUGUUUCACCAAUCGAUCUUGUGAGUCUCUCUUUCGUUCAUGCUCUUUGAAUAACUUGUACAAUGGACUAAGUAAGUAAAUCAAUAAUGAGAAAUCGAUUCAUCACCA